ACCAGUGUUGCAAUUCUAUCGCAUCGCAGAAAAGUAUUUCAUGUACGACUAUUUUAAAGUUUUUAUUUAAUUUUUAGAGCAGUGUUUUAUAUGCGACGUAUAAUAUUGUGCUAAGUAUGUAAAUAAAUACUGUAUUUUUUUGAUGCACAAGUUCCUAGAUUGGUGCGCCAUUGAUGUAAUGGUGUUCAAAUUGAUACUAAAAGCCGAUUAGCAACGCAGCCAAUUACAAAAGUUAAAGCUGUGGAAAAAGAGGAAACCAUAAUAAAAAUACAAAAUAAAAUAACAUGGAGGAUAUAGAAAUAGAAUAUCUUGAUGAGUACAAGGAUUUGGUGCUGCCAGGCAUCAAAACAAGCGGCGAGGGUCGCGCGGCAACUGCGGCGUCUUCAGGCCAAGCGAUGUCGCGUCUGCCACAACGCAGACGCACUUCGUCGGACUCGAGUAGCUCUUCUAUAGAUCCUGAUAUUUUUCAAAAACUAUUUGAUGGCAAGCUAUUUGACGACGAACUGCUUAAUGAAUGCGGCUCUAGUACUAAAGGUGUACUUCGGCGUAGUUUAAGCUCUUCAUCAAGUGAUUCUAAUGAUGCUCUGGAUGCCUUGUAUAAUCGACAAAACAGCAGAAAAAUCAAGACAAAACGCCGCGAACGCCUAGAAUCUUAUGACUCCCUCGAUGAUUUGGGGGAUGCACUGAUGGGCUCAAGCCGUUUACUUUCGCUGCCCAAAAGUUUUGCCUCAAAAAAGGCACAGAACUCCCAAAGAGUCACAAGCGUUGUUAAAUCCAAAAGUGCCGAGAACAGGACAACUGUGAACAAACCCAGCUCCUCUUCCGCAAUAAGUGCAAAGCCAAAUGCCUCUAGAGCUAAUAACGGUAGCAGUAGCAGCAGUUCGUCAAACCAUCAACUGCAAGUGAAUAGGAAGAAAGCUGUGACUAUUAUACAAGCGUCAAAACCGGAUUUGAAACCAGGCAAACAUGAACCUAAAAUGGAUCCAUUGCAUUUGCAAGACUUUGCAGAUGACUCGGAUAGCGAUUCAUCGUAUGAAUACGAAUCGGAUUAUUAUGGCGACUCGGAUGAGGAUGAAAGUGUUGGGCCAAAGCAGAUAAUUGACAUAUCAACGGAUACGAGUGCAACACCAUCGGUGACGGACACUGUGACACCUGUUGUUUCCGAGGACGAGGGACACCAACAGCUUGAGCAGCAGCAGCAACAACAACAACACAAACACCAACUCUCUCCGAAUGACAAAAACGAUCUUCUGCAAUCGUAUUUGAAUAAUCUGAGUUGCGCUGAGACACCACCUUCAAAUCAUAAAUACAAAUGUUUAGCUAAGAAAUCGCGUUCACAUGAAAAACAUAAGGAUCCGACAUCAUCGAGCAAAGCACACGAACAGGUUAAUGAGUCCACUAACCAAACGCUGGAAGAGGGCAAAAGACAGAAUGACGAACUGGAACCCAAACCCUCGAGCAGCAGGGACAAAUUGUUAGGCCCUGAUUAUGCGGAUUUUAACCUUGCCUACGAAUCCGUGGAGCGUUUAAGUCUUAAACUUGCCAAGCAAAUAAUUAACAUUGAUACGGAGCGCUCCAUUGAAUUUGAAAAACUUUCGGGCUCCAAGAAGCGCAGCAAUUCCUCCUCUAAACUGAUGGGCAUAAGAGGUGGUUCCCUGUCCAGCAGUCAUGUUCGCAAGCUCACUUACUCCAACGAAGCAUUGGAUGACAAGGCGCCGCACAAUAAUAAAUUGCGUCGAACUAAAAGCGAAUGCGGGCCUUCCAAACAAAACCGCGGUCGACAGUCAGACGAGAGAAUCUCCUUGGCAGAGGAACACAGCAAAUGUAGUCUGAUGUCGCCUUUAAGGAAGAGAACCUCCACCGCAGAAGAACGGAGCAAGAGCAAGUCGCAAACGCCAAAGAAAAUACCAGACACAACAGAGCUUAAGCCGCCUACUACUGAGAGUAAAAUAAAAGCGAAAGCCAAAGGACCAGUUAAGAAAAAAAGAAAAAUUGGCAGACCACGAAAGAAGUUAGAUUUGAUCAAAAAUUUGAAUCCAUUGAAAAAAACAGUCUCCAAAAAUGCCGAUAACAAAAGUGACCAAAUAAUCGAAAAUGAAAAGUCAAAUGAUGAAUCAAAAAUUGAAAAGUCAUUGCAAGAAGAAGCAGAUACUCGGGGUGAUCAAAUUAAGGAGACAGCUUAUUUAGAUUUAAAUAUUCCUGAUGAAAAUCAAAAUAAAUCGCCUUUAAAAUACACUUCAACUGAAGACAAGCACGUGGAAAGGAAAGAAACCCUGAAAGAGGAUACAAAUUUAGUUUCAGAACCCGACACACCCUGUGAAGCGCCAUCUUUGACGGAAAUCCCAUCUGCAGUGUCCCUCAGUGAAUUGACUACAGAGGAAACAGAGUUGCAUGAUGAUAUUGAAACAAAAAUGACGGCGAAUUCUGAAAAAACUGGAGAAACGUCAACUUUGGAUAAAAGUGCUGAGCAGAGUAAUAAGGAACUAAGUGUUGAUACCAGUGUUGAACAAUGCAUUAACAAAUGCAGUGAAAAAGCUGAAAAAAAUUCAAAUGUCACUGAAAUUGAAGACAAACACGAAACUACUGCUGAAAAGAUGGAAAUAGAUGAUGUGGUAGCAAUCAACGAAGAUCACGUUAAAAACACUGAAGAACCUAAGCGGAAACUUGAGGCGGAAAUCUGUUAUCCAGUUGCAUCUGAUAAGGAACUGUCGGAAGAAAAAGACAAGGAUAUUGAGCUUUCUGCAAUAAAGCAUGCAACUGAACCAAUAGAAGAAAAACCGAAAAUGCGUAGGUUAAAUGCAGACAAACGGUUGGCUCUGCAAUCAGCCAUGGCCAAUUCGAUUAUGGAGAACAUAACAGAGAAGUCUUCUGUCGAAAGCGAACCCUGUGUGAAUAAAAAGAAAAGAACAGGCGAGAAAAACAAAGUGGAGCAGGAGGGCCCUGAAAUAAAUAAACAAGAUAAAUCAGAUAUAACUGAAAGCAGAACUCCCAGUAGGGAUAAAUUAUUGGCUAAAAUCACACCACGAAGUCAAAAGCAAAAGUCGAUUAUUUCCAGAUCCUCAACAAAGCAAAAAGCGACAUCAUCAAUAGUAUUAAAUGAAUCCAGUCUGGACUUAAACAAAGAGGAUGUUUCCAGUGAUAAUUCAAUAGCUCCAGUGAUGCCAUCUCCACCUGAAGAACAGUCAACCAAUGAUCAUACUGUUGACACAACAAAUGAGGAUAAUACCAGUGAUAAGACAAUGCCUCAAGAAAUCUCAUCCCCCACUGAAGAACAGCCAACAAAUGAUAAUGAAACUCCUGGUGUAGAAACCCAGGAUUCAACAAAUACUCCAGAAUCUGAUAAUGUUAAGACAAAUUCUUCAACUGAAAAGAGGAAUCUUAGAUCUAAGAAAAAUCCAAAAAAAGCAGAGUUGACAAUUCAGAACGAAGAUGCUGACGGAAAGAAACCAAUCCCAUCUCCAUCCGAAAAGGAGUCUACUACUGACAGUGUAGAAAACCCAGCGUCUGUAGAGUCUACAGAAUCGAAUGACAAUAAGAACAAGUCUUCAACUGAAAGAAAAUCGCGCAGAAUCAAACAGAAAUCCAAAGUUGAGAACUUGUCAAACUCGACACCAAAAUCGGAGGAUUCCCAAAUGCUUGAAAUUGUCGCAGACAACUCUGAGGACCAGACAGUCGUUUCUGAAGUUAAGGAGAUAAAUGAUAAACCCGAAUUAGAAAACGUCCAGAAUAUGGAAUCAUUUAAACCUAAAUUAGAAAACGAAACUCACAAAUCGACAACAGUUGAGGAAAGUAAUGAGAAACAAGGUAAAAAUGUGGAAGAGAGUCAGAAGAUUGAUGAGGAGAAGGACGCAUCACAUCAGGACAACAAAGAAGCGAUUAUAUUAAAACAACGUUACCCUAUAAAACGAAAUAUUCGAGAUCUGAUACAAGAAUCUACCGAGAUAGAAGGUCGAACCACACGAUCCAGAUCGGCUACGCCAUCGACGCGCCUUAGAAAUCGAGAUACGGAACUCGUAGAGAACCCACAAAUUAUGAAGAGCAAUAAAAAAAUACGGGCUGCCAAAGCGAUCAGCUUCCCGGAAUCGACGAUGGUUACUCCAAAACAUAAAGAACGUACCAUUAAGUUGCAAAAGGAAACGAAUUCUAUUGAAGAAAAGGCCACCUCGACUACAGCAGAUCCAAAAUCAGAGAAAGCAACGGAGAAUCCAGGGGAAUCUAACGAAUCUAUAAUCACAGAGAAACCUACUCCCAAGGUUGCAAAGAAGGAAAAGCAUCGAAUUGAAUCUAAGAAGAGCAAACAAGCAACUUGCACUGAAUCUGAGACAGAGGUGUUUCCUGAUGCAGACAUUUCAACGCCUAUAAAAUCUGGGGCUCCAAGCACGCCCAGCACAAGCUCCUCAAGAAGUUCAACCCGUAAGCUGCGGGUUUUGAUAAAAAAACCCGCACCACAAGAUUCCCCAAUAAAUUUGAGCCUUGAGCAAGAGGAGCACGUGGAAGAGGCUAAACACAAUUCAUUCGAAUUUAAGGAAGACCCAGAUUCAACUGACAAAGAUGCUCAAAUUGAUAAGAAAAGGGCACCUUCAACUAAGAUGGAGGAGGAUUCCAAUGCAGAAGAUGAUGACGUUGAUGUAGAAUCCUUGGAAUCCGAAUUUUCGCAGACAGAGGGUUCACAUCCAACUGAAUCAGAGACUGACAAAAAACCAAAUAAUGAGCUUAUGGAGGAAAUAGCAGGCAAGGAUCAGCACCAUAAGGAGAAGCCAGAAAGAGAUCUAAUUAAGAAUUCAAGUGCUGCAGAAACAACAGGUGUCACAAUAAGUUGCGAAAACAACAGCAGUGAUGAGCGAAAAGCGGAAGACUCCCUGCCAGAUGGAAACAAACACAAGCAAGUGAUGCAGACGAAGCUAUCUAUGGCACCACCAGCAACGCCUAAUCGGGAACUAGCCACUGGAAAAGCGGUGUUGCGUCGUCACGGAAAGGCAAAUGAUAAGGAUUUGCAGCCGGAGCAAAAGAGGCGCAAGCUUGAAGGACACUUUGUAGAAUUAAAGCCUAAGACUGAUGACAAGAAGAUGCCAUCCGUGUCAGCCGUGAUGUUGAAAGCUGGCAAGAUCAAUGCAGCAAAGAAAUCCGUAUCAAUUGAAUCGCCAAAAAAAGCGGAGGUAGUUCAAGGGUCGCCCGUGCUGGGCCGAAAACCAGAGGCACAGAAGACACCCGUCAAGUCCAGUUUAUCAUCGUUGCUCGAUGGCAAUCAGACUCCAACAUUGAAUAAUUCUGUAAUAAUCACGAAAACUGCUGUGGGAAUAACAACAGAUCAGUUCAAGCCAAAAGAAGUGCCACUAUCGAAGCCAACAACCAGCGGCAUCAACAUCUCCGUCUCAGUGGUUGCUGAUGCUAAUAAACAGGUGCAGACGUCACCCAAAAAGAACUUAACCCAGGCCGAGACUGUAAAGAAGUUGCUGACAAUGAGUGUGACAAAAGGAACUACAGCCGGAACAGUUGAAGCCAAAUCCCUGCCAGCUGUAGAAACCAGCAAGCAGACUAAGGCAAAGGCUGAAAAGCGAAGUACUCUACCCGCCCAGUUACCUGUGACCCAGGAGGAAUCGAAGAGCAUAGCGUUGCAGCCAGCCAAGAAAACGGAAAGGAGGAAAAAACCCACUAGCAAACUGGCAACAGCUAGCAAUCCUGUGGAGGCAGCAGCUCCAAGUAAAGUCGAACCGAUUGUGACAGCGACAACAGAAAGUUUGCCAAUUGCAAAGCCCGACAAGAAGUUGGAAUCCCAAAAAGUGUCUAGGAAAUCGGUCAGCAAAGCCAAGUCAAAGGAAUCGUUGGUAACAGCAACAGAAACAGCAGUGGAAACAGUUGCAGGAGCUGCUACAGUUGAUCAGACUGCAACUACAGUCUCAUCCUCUCGAGAAUCUUCUAAAGAACGGGCAAAGCGCUCGGCACGUACUGUGAAACCUUCGCCCCGCUCAGUGGCUGCGAUUCCCGCAACGCGUACCACCAGCAUAGGAAGAUUGGGGCCAUCACCAGCACCACAACUGCCUCCGCUUCCACAACGGCAACCACGUAAGAGUCAAGCUCAGAAACUGGCAGCUGCCGAGACCCGGACUCAGACCCCGAACGCGUCUUCAACUCCUGCCACUGCUGCUAUUCCUGCUCCGGUUCAGGCUGCCGUUGAGGCACCAGCAAAAGGAAGCAAUUUCCGUAAGCGCAAGUUACCAACGCCAUCUUCAGCAGAACCAACGAUUGCGAAGCGUGCCAAGGAGUCAAUUGCGUUUCCAGUGCGUAUCACAGCUGCCUCCGCCGUGAAUACGCCUGCCGCAGCAGUAGAAUCUCCUGCAGCGAAUGUGGCAAAGCAGAAGGAGCUGCGAUUGGCGCCGCUAAAGCUGCGCAAGUGUCGCGUUCGCAUUAAUCGAAGUGUCAUUAAGAACUGGCUGGCCAAACACCAACAACAACAACAGCCGAAACACAAUGAGUCUCCUGCUCCUCCUCAGCUGGCGGCUGGAAGAGAAGAAACUGCACCUGCAACAAAGACAACGACAGCACAACAUAAAACAGCUGUCAUGUCGAAGCCAUUGCCUGAGCCUCCUCUUCCUGUGCCUUUGCCCGUUCUGGAGGUCAAGCCGGAGCCGGAAGUCAUGGAUGUGCAGCAGGAGGAGAUGACGCAACCAGAGGAAACGAAUCGUUUGGAAGUAAAUGUAGCCACGCCUUCACAGUUCUUGCAAGUUGUAGCGCCCAUCCCCAGAGCCGUCAGUAAUCCCGUUGCACACUUACGGAGUUCCGACAACAACAGCAGCGCAAACAACAGCAACAAUCCAAGUGAAGUGCCUGCCUCGGGCAGUUCAAGUGAUAUCCAAACAUUUGGCACAACAAGAAUGUUUUCGUUUUUGUAUCCUUCGCGCUACCAGCCAGCCCAUGGCAAUGUAGCACUCGAGUCCUGCUGUCCGAAUCUGGAUGGGCCAAUGCUGGCCAUUGAUCCGACACGUUUGCACUCGAAGGUGGAGGUGCCAGUGCUGGAGUUGCCACAGUAUAUGGUCAUAACGACCAAGAUCAUUUCGAAGCAGGAAAAGAAUAUACCGCAAAAGGUGCGUGCCAAGUAUGAGCAAAUGGCGGCCAAGGAUGGACUUCCCUGUGUCGUGCAAACAAUGCAGAUGUCAACGCCAUCAUCGUCAGCUCCAACUCCAGCAGUUGUUGUAGGUGCAACAAUAACAAAACCUGCUCCCUCCGUACCUCAAACUCAUCCUGUUGUCAGUCAUAUUGAGCGAGUGAACAAACCAUUGCCACGUGGUCCAAUUGUGAGCAAGAAAGCGAAUCCAUCAGCUGCUGCCACAUCAGCUGCAGUUGCUCCAACGGUGGCCAGUCCACCUGCUAUAUCCGAUAUAUACCCGGGACUGUUGCAAUUGCCUCCCGUUUGUCCAACGGAUAAGAUGCGCGUGGAGCUGCAGACUCGAGUUCAGCUCUUUGAUGCCGUGCUCCAAGGUCUGGCCAAACGAGCUGCAUCAUUGACUGUGGCGGAGCGCCAGCGGGUCAUUGAGAAUAUUGUCAGCACUAGCACAUUGAUGCCCAUUGAUGUGGAUGUGGGCACCAAGCUGCUAGAGAACUACAUUUGUUAUCUGAACGCCUCUACGGAUACCUUCACCGUGCCCGUGCCCGUGCCAAGAGUGCGUUCCAUUAUCACAACGAAAUCAUCAACGCCCGCAGUUGCUAUACAAGCCAGGCAGCCAACUAAAUCAAACUUGGUGAAGACAACUCAAGUAAAGCCCGUUGCAGCGGUCAGCAAGCCACCACAGGCAGCAAUCAGUGGACAAAAAGUGCAGCAAGCAGGAGGAACAGCAGCAGGAGCAGCUGCAGGAGGAGCAGCUGCAGCAGGCGACUCAUACAGACGACCCAUAUACGAUAGGCAUAGAAAUAUUAUUGGCUAUCAGUACAAAACAAAAUACACUACGCAAUAUAACACACCAGCAGCCCGACCUUCCGACAAGUCGAGCAGCACCAGAAGCUCGUCGGGAUCUGCAGUUGCAACGCAGCAGCCAACGCGUAUAAUGAUGGCCCCAGCUGCCCGAAUAGCUCCAGCUCCAAAUGUAGCCAGCAACAAACUCGCCGUGGUCAAUGCAGUGGCAUCGACACGUGCUGCACAGAGAGUGGGAACUGGCACUGUGAUUCCAUCGGCAGCUCAAAAGACUUAUGCACCAAAAGCAUCUCCAGUGGCUGAUAAUAAUUCACCACGUGUUAGCGCACUUGGAUCAAGAACAUAUCCUGCUGCAAGCAACACUGGUGGCUCGAAUCGUAAUGUGUUUAUUGUAAACCAAAUCCUGUCACAGCCGGAGGAAUGCAUCUUGCCAGAUGGCGUUAGCACCACAAAUGCAGUUGCCUUGGAAACUGAGAUUAAGGGCGAAGUUGAGGAUGCAGAUGUCUUAAUUUAAAAUCAUACUAUUAAUUGGGUACAUAAUUGUAGAAUAUACACAAGUUAAACUAUAAAAAGUAUUUUAAGUUACUUUACCAUUGAAUUUAGAUAAUUAUUAUUGAUAUUAAUAUUUGUUGGCUGUUUUUGUGGCGUUGAAAAACAAAGUACACUACAAUUAAUAUACGCCAUAAAGAUGUAAAACAUGUAUUGUGAACUUUGAGGACAAGCUUGUUUAUAAUUAAUUGCACUCAAAUUUGAGUCACUUUCUGUAGUAAUAAAAAAAUGUAUCUCGCUAGCCGAUGAUCUUAUUUUGCGCCUGGUA